CCUGUUUUUUCACUUUUAUAAAUACCCCAUCUUUGGUUAUAGGCUUUCAUUUUUCUGAUAAAACAAAGUCGUCUUCUGCAAAGUGCAAAAGAAGAAGCUAGCUAAAUUAUAUAUAUAUUGAGGCACUAAGUAUAAGAGGUUGUUGCAAGCUAAGAAAGGAUGGAUUUCCCAAACCAUCAUCAUCAGGAAUCGAUGUCAGACAGUUGUUCUCAACAGAAAAAGAACAACAACAUGGGAAGAGGGAAGAUAGAGAUAAAGAGGAUAGAGAACACAACAAACAGGCAAGUAACAUUCUGCAAGAGAAGGAAUGGCUUGCUCAAGAAGGCAUAUGAGUUAUCUGUUCUUUGUGAUGCUGAGGUUGCUCUUAUUGUCUUCUCAAGCCGUGGUCGCCUCUAUGAAUAUGCUAAUAACAGUGUCAAAGCAUCUAUUGAGAGGUACAAGAAAGCCAGUUCAGAUUCUUCUAAUGGUGGUUCCACUUCUGAGAUUAAUGCUCAGCAUUACCAGCAAGAAUCUGCAAAACUGCGUGUGCAAAUCAGUAACCUUCAGAACCACAACAGGCAAAUCUUGGGUGAGGCUUUGAGCAAUAUGGCUGUCAAGGAUCUCAAAAACCUUGAGACCAAAUUGGAAAAAGGGAUUAGCAAAAUUCGUUCCAAGAAGAACGAGCUGCUGUUUGCAGAGAUAGAUUACAUGCAGAAGAGGGAGGUAGACUUGCAUAACAACAACCAGUUUCUUAGAGCUAAGAUAGCAGAAAGUGAGAGGAACCAACAUAGCAAUAACAACAACAAUAAUGUGUUGAGUGGAGGAGGAACAAACUAUAACAAUAAUGAAUCUCAUCACAAUGAGCAGCAUCAAUUUGAGUCUCGUGGCUACUUCCAAGUCACUGCAUUACAACCCAAUAACAAUGAAAACCACUAUGCUGCUACUGCUGCUAGGCAAGAUCACAUGUCCCUUCAAUUAGUCUAAGCCUCUAUAUAUCUAUCUAUCUACAUACCUACCAAUAAUUUAUUUCCUUCUUCUAUGUGGUGUGUUUUUUUUU